CUGAACUUGUCAAAACUGUCUUAUCGGCAUGGCUACCGCGGCCACGUUAUAACCUUCGCGUGACGCAUAUCCACUAUCGAGAUUUCACGGUCUACGAUUAAACAUGAUCAAAAAUAUUGCACAAUGAUACGUAGCCUCGCGUCAGUAACUCGGUAAUUAACCUCCGAUACUUUCGUUCGUUACCGUCGUUCAAGUCUGCACCGAGAUUUACAUCGCGAGGAUGCAUCUGUCAUCGCACGUCAUCGUCAGUGUGCUGCUUUGCGUACUCUCGUUCGUUCGCGGGAGCGAACUUGAGUACGAUGGCUGGCUGCAGUUGAGGUUAUGGCAUGCCUUCAACGAUGAACCGGUGCCAGUGUUCACGGAACGGGGAAACGUCACGGUGUCCAGCGUGCGUAGCGGGGCGUCCGUCGUCGGACAGAACGGUCUACUGCCGGCCCAAAUAAGCGCCCUAAAAACCCUUGCCGAACAUGAUGGCAAGUACAGACUGAAGGCACUGGCUCGCACCUCCUCCGGCAGUGAAAUCAUGUUCCUCACUUCUGUACCAGCGUGCUACCUGCUUGGUUCGGAUUUAGAAGAUGUUAUAACAAUAUGGUUGGAUAGUACAGCAGAACCGAUAGCUGUGAGCAUUUCAUCUUCGGGACCCUGUACAUUAGAUAAUCCCUUUACAAAUAUGUGGACCACUAAUGUUCUGGUUAAAUAUCCGGAUGGUGGCCCAAUACCAGAUACUGCUAUGUAUAUACAGAAGCUCGAACGAGAACGAGAAGCAAGAGAAAGAGGAGAAACCAAAGAUAAUCGUUCAUUUCUUGCAAAAUAUUGGAUGUAUAUCGUUCCCUUCUUGAUUUUCCUGUUGCUGUCAUCCGCAACGAAUCCGGAAGCAGGUGGAAGUGCACAAAGACAAUGAUUUUCUAACGAAAAUAACCCGUAUCUGCGUAUGCAUUAUAUCCUGAAGAGUGAAAAUUGUGGAAAUUGUCCAAAUUUAUAAUAUAAUUUCAUAAUGUACAAUAGGAAUAAUGUUAAUAAUAUUUUUAAAUAUUGCGUGAUAUAUAUAAUUACAUUUCUGCUAAAAUAAAUAUAAUUAUUAAGUAAAUAUUAUAAUAAUAAUAAUACAACUACUAAGUUGUGAAUAUGUUAAUUGUUAUUCUAAAUAUAAUGGAAUAAUGAUAAUACAAUAUAUUAGUUCAGUACAGCUGUGACAUCUACAAAUGGUAGAGUCAGCUGUAAAAUCAAUAUUUCAUCACCGUGCCAAUGGUAAAGGCAUAACAUUGGCAAAGCGUGUCGCGACGAUGUAACGCUAGCUCAGAAUGGCAGAAUUCUCCUUGAAUGUCCAGAAACACAUAAAAGCAAGUCUUGUCGUGAGUGGAAAAUUUGAUGGAUCGCACGCAUGUCUCGCGGCUGCUACACCUGGCGGAACCAUCUUGGUGCACAGUCCACACCGGCCGCCGCAGGUCGAUUACUCCGAUCACAAGCAAUCCAAUAAAAGACUGUCAUGGAGUGGAGAACUUGCGGAGCUUCAAAUUGGUACCGAGGUCCGAAUGCGUUGGAAUUGAAAUGUCACCAAUCUCGUUUUGCACAUAUUAAAUAAAGUUUCGCACUAU